AUGUCGCAAGACAUGCCUACCGUGUAUCCAGUUUCUGACACUAUUCCAACUUCAAACCACUCCUCAAAUGGAUCAUAUGGGGCAGUCUUCAUUGUCCUAGCAGUGAUCAUAAUCCUUUCUGCAUUCGCUUGCUUUCUUGGAAGACUUUUCAAUAAGCGUCAAGAUGUGGAAAAACCAAAACCAAAACCAUCAAAGCACAACCUUCCAACAAAAGAGAAACAUGCAAUGCCAAUGCCUAAUGCCAAAGAUGGGGACAUUGAGUUUGGAUACGAUAAGAGGUUUGCUAGUGCUAAAGUGGCUGCAACUGGUGAACCAACCAUGGACCGGAGUGAUCCUUUUGGUGAACCGAAGAUGGUGCGACCCAACUCACUUCAUGAACCAACCAUGGGUCGACCCAACUCAUUUCAUGAACAAACCAUGGGUCGACCUAACUCACUCCAUGAACCAACUAUGGGUCGACCUAACUCGUUUCAAGAACCAUACAAUAUGGGAUCAGGGUCUAACUCGUUUGGUGAACCAGCCAUGGGGCGACCUGCAGACUCAUUUCAAGAACCAUAUAAGGUGGGGUCUAACUCGCUUCGUGAACCAACCAUAGCCAUGGGGCGACCUGACUCAUUCCAUAAACCAACCAUGGGGCGACCAAACUCGUUUGAUCAUAAGGGUGAUCAGUCUCAAGGUGAACAUCAAAUGAGGUUUGAUGCUAAUCGAGAUAACAAAUUGAACUUCACACCUCGUACUCGACCACAUCGUUACUGA